AUGGAUUUUUGGUGUAAAGUUCUAGUCUUUUUCGCAUUCUUCUUCACUGUGACAGCAGAGAUUUACAUUGUGACUAUGGAAGGAGAUCCAAUCAUCAGUUACAAAGGUGGUGAUAAUGGUUUUGAAGCAACCGCUGUGGAGUCUGAUGAGAAAAUCGAUACUACAAGUGAACUGGUGACAUCCUACGCUCGUCACCUAGAGAGGAAGCAUGAUAUGCUUCUUGGAAUGCUCUUUGAGGAAGGAUCAUACAAGAAGCUUUACAGCUACAAACACCUUAUCAAUGGAUUUGCAGCUCAUGUUUCCCCUGAGCAGGCGGAGAUGCUUCGCCGUGCGCCUGGUGUGAAGUCUGUGAGCAGAGAUUGGAAAGUGAGGAAGCUCACAACACACACACCACAGUUUUUGGGGUUACCAACUGAUGUUUGGCCAACCGGUGGUGGUUAUGAUAGAGCAGGAGAAGAUAUUGUGAUAGGCUUUAUUGACUCUGGGAUAUUUCCACAUCAUCCUAGCUUUGCCUCUCACCAUACAGCAGUGCCUUAUGGCCCUCAUCCUAGUUACAGAGGGAAAUGUGAAGAUGAUCCUCUUACUAAGAUUAGCUUCUGUAAUGGGAAGAUCAUAGGAGCACAGCAUUUUGCUGAAGCUGCUAAAGCAGCUGGUGCGUUUAACCCUGAUGUUGACUUUGCUUCACCGAUGGAUGGUGAUGGACAUGGAAGUCAUACAGCAGCUAUUGCAGCUGGGAAUAAUGGUAUUCCGGUGAGGAUGCAUGGCUAUGAAUUCGGAAAAGCGAGUGGGAUGGCUCCUCGUGCAAGGAUUGCUGUUUACAAAGCUCUUUACCGGCUUUUUGGAGGCUUUGUGUCUGAUGUGGUUGCUGCCAUUGAUCAGGCUGUUCAUGAUGGAGUUGAUAUUUUGAGCCUCUCGGUUGGUCCAAACAGUCCUCCAGCUACUACAAAGACAACAUUCUUGAAUCCAUUCGAUGCAACACUUCUUGGAGCUGUAAAAGCUGGUGUCUUUGUUGCUCAAGCUGCUGGAAACGGAGGCCCCUUUCCGAAAACUCUGGUUUCAUACAGCCCUUGGAUCACUACUGUAGCUGCUGCAAUUGAUGAUCGCAGAUACAAAAACCAUCUGACCCUUGGAAAUGGGAAAAUGCUUGCCGGAAUAGGAUUAUCCCCUUCUACACGACCUCAUCGUUCGUACAAGAUGGUCUCUGCGAAUGAUGUUCUGCUUGAUUCUGGUACGAAUAAAUACAAUCCCUCGGAUUGCCAGAGGCCAGAAGUCUUGAACAAGAAAUUGGUUGAAGGAAACAUUCUGCUUUGUGGAUAUUCUUUCAACUUUGUUGCUGGCUCAGCUUCCAUCAAGAAAGUUGCUGAAACUGCCAAGCAUCUAGGCGCAGCUGGUUUCGUUCUUGUUGUCGAAAAUGUGUCUCCAGGAACAAAGUUUGAUCCUGUUCCUUCUUGCAUUCCUGGAAUUCUGAUCACAGAAGUCUCUAAGUCAAUGGAUUUGAUUGAUUACUACAAUGUCACAACGUCAAGAGAUUGGAUGGGAAGAGUAAAGAGCUUUAAAGCUGAAGGAAGCAUCGGAGACGGUUUAGAGCCCAUUCUUCACAAAUCAGCACCUGAAGUGGCUCUGUUCUCAGCUCGAGGACCCAACACUAAAGAUUUCAGCUUUCAAGAUGCUGAUCUCCUCAAACCAGAUAUUCUUGCUCCUGGCUCUCUUAUAUGGUCUGCCUGGUCUCAAAAUGGAACAGACGAGGCUAAUUAUGUCGGCGAAGGAUUUGCACUAAUCUCUGGCACAAGCAUGGCUGCACCACACAUUGCCGGUAUAGCUGCUCUGGUGAAACAGAAGCAUCCUCAAUGGAGUCCAGCUGCUAUCAAAUCAGCUCUGAUGACGACUUCAACAGUCAUGGAUCGAGCAGGAAGGCCUCUCCAAGCACAGCAGUACUCAGAAACAGAGACAGUCACGCUUGUUAAAGCCACUCCUUUUGAUUAUGGAAGUGGUCAUGUCAAUCCAAGCGCUGCUCUUGACCCUGGUCUCAUCUUUGAUGCAGGUUAUGAGGACUAUUUAGGAUUCUUGUGCACCACGCCAGGUAUCGAUGCUCACGAGAUAAGGAACUUCACAAACACUCCUUGCAAUUUCAAAAUGGGACAUCCUUCAAACUUCAACUCCCCAUCCAUAGCCAUCUCUCACCUUGUGAGAACACAGACCGUGACAAGAAGAGUGACGAAUGUUGCAGAAGAGGAAGAAACAUACACAAUCACUUCAAGAAUGGAGCCAUCUGUCGCCAUUGAAGUGAGUCCUCCUGCUAUGACGCUUAGAGCCGGAGCUUCUAGAACCUUCUCGGUGACUCUGACGGUGAGAUCGGUGAUCGGAGGUUAUAGCUUCGGAGAUGUUACACUGAAAGGAAGCCGAGGGCAUAAAGUGAGUAUUCCUGUGGUUGCUAUGGGACAAAGGCGAUGA